GUUGCUCCUGGCGAUAUGCAGGCGCGAAAGAGCGUCGUCCAGUGACCUCGAGUCUGCCACACGUGAGCUGCCGUCGGCGCUUCUCGGGUGCGACCGUCCGACCCGGAUCAGCUGUGCCAUCGACGAGCGUGCGACAGUCGACGCCAGCGCCUUUGAGUACAACCCGCCGAAGCCACUCUUCUAGCGCGUGUCUCGGCAUUUGCAGUGCAUUCACGCUCCGCUGGUGCCACGGUGCCGUCCUUGCGACCGAGCGCGCGGCCCGCGCCAGCACAUCCGGAUAUCCAUUGGCAGCGUAUCCGGAGAUUUGCGGCCAGCGGUGGCCAAGAGCGAUGGCGAUCACGUUCCGCAAUGUCUACCACGAGACGGCCGACAUGCGACGGUCCUCGACGAAGCGCAAGAAGUCGCGCGGCGCCAAGGCACGGCGAAAGCGCCAGCGCGUGGACGAGACAGCGGAGCCUGUCUGCGCCGAGGACGCUGCCCGCGCGCAAGAGACGAUUAAGCAGCAAGCGCAGCUCGAGAGCGAGAUGGCCGACGCGGGCCUUGCAGGCAUGUUUCCGCUGAGCUUUGGCUCGUCGAAAAAAAUCGAAGCACGCCCACUGAAAGCUGCGGUCCACGUCAAGUUUGACGAUGUCGGGAAUGAGACUGCCGUCGAGCACAAGCCCACAGUCCUUCAGAAACGUCCGCGCGACGAAGACGAGGAAGUCGACGACGAAGUUGAGACCGAAGCUGCCGACAACAACGACGUCGACGGCCACGACCAAGCCACUGCCAGUGCGCCAACACCCGCGGGAAUGGCAGCCGACAUGGACCCGAGCCUCGAAAAGUACUGGGCUCAACGCUACGCGCUCUUUACAAAGUUCGAUGAAGGCAUCCGCCUCGACCAUGAAGGCUGGUUCUCGGUGACGCCCGAGGUCAUCUCAGAGCACCACGCAAUGCGAUUGGCUUGCGACGUUGUUGUCGACGCGUUCACAGGGUGCGGCGGUAACGCCAUCCAGCUCGCCAAGACGUGUCGCCACGUCAUCGCUAUCGACAUGGACCCGGCCAAGAUCGAGAUCGCCCGGCACAACGCCGGCAUCUACGGCGUUGCCGACCGCAUCGAGUGGCUCAUCGGUGACGCGUUCGCGCUGCUACCAACGCUCCGUGCCGACGCAGUCUUUCUCUCGCCGCCGUGGGGCGGGCCCGAAUACUUGCACGUCAAGCACUUUGCGCUCGACACCAUGUGCAUGGGCGACCGCAACGGCAUCGACCUCUUCCACCUCGCGCAGACCGUGUCGCGUAACAUUGCGUACUUCUUACCGCGCAACACGUGCAAGAAGCAGGCGCGGUUGCUAAGUCCCGAUGGUGUCUGCGAAUUUGAGCACAACUUUCUCAACAAGAAACUCAAAACAGUCACGUUGUACUUUGGCGACCUCGCGUGCGCGCUCGACAAGACGACGACGACCAACAUCAACGACGACGACGACAAGAGGAGCGACGGCGAGGACGGCGCAGCCGAUAUUGUACAAUAGACGAUCAUCCUUGUCUUGCUAUGGCG